AGAGGUGGCAUUAUAAAAAUUUCCUUCGCUACUACUCAGUUCGAACCGCCAACUUGAGAAUUGAAGUCGAGGAAAUGGACAACAGAUUAGACCCAAAUGACGAUAACAGAUACAGAACAAGUGCCCCAGUCCAGUCCCAUGGAGGUCUCUUGUCAGCUGGGUCUUCAGGUUUACAGACGACGACAUCUUUGCCUGGGGGCCUGAGUACCUAUCCACCCACACCCAGUCCAAUGCCACCACUAACACCUAUGACUCCUAUGACAGCAGAACAAGCUGGGAUUGUACCUCAACUACAAAAUAUUGUGUCCACUGUAAAUCUUGGCUGUAAGUUAGACUUGAAGAAGAUUGCUCUUCAUGCAAGGAAUGCAGAAUACAAUCCAAAGCGAUUUGCAGCUGUAAUCAUGAGAAUACGAGAGCCAAGGACAACUGCAUUGAUAUUCAGUUCUGGAAAAAUGGUUUGCACAGGAGCAAAAAGUGAAGACCAAUCAAGACUAGCUGCAAGGAAAUAUGCCAGAGUGGUACAGAAGCUUGGGUUUCCAGCAAAGUUUACAGAAUUCAAAAUUCAGAACAUGGUUGGUAGCUGUGAUGUGAGAUUCCCUAUUCGACUUGAAGGCUUGGUGUUAGCCCAUGGACAGUUUUCCAGUUAUGAACCAGAGCUGUUUCCUGGUCUGAUUUAUCGAAUGGUUAAGCCAAGAAUUGUGUUAUUAAUUUUUGUGUCAGGGAAGGUGGUUUUGACAGGUGCCAAAGUGCGUUCAGAAAUCUAUGAAGCCUUCGAAAACAUCUAUCCUAUCCUCAAGUCAUUUAGAAAGACAUAACAUUACGAUUAAGAUGUCGCAAAGGAUCAUAGGACGAAAAGUAUUCCUGGAUGAAUCACCACAUCAUGUAUGCAAAGUCAAGAAUUAUAGAGAGACCUGGAUGGAAAAAUAGCCAAGUGAACUUUUCCAGCCAGGUGGCCGGAAAGGAACCCAAUUUCUUCAGGCAUUACUAAAGAAACAUAAUUUUGGAAAGGCUAUGAGCAGCUUCUGUUAUGAUACAAUUUUGCUUGUAAUUUAGAGAAUCGCAUUUAGAGGGCUGUUUCAAACGUUCUCGGCAAUUGCUUGAAAGUGAAGGGUCACCCACGCGGAUAAUGUUUAGGUGGUUAUUAUUCCCUGACUCUAAGGAUUUAUUUUUGAGUUGUUGUUGAGUUAGUUUUGAAAACAAACAUAAAUAUUAAAGUAAA